CACCGCACCGCGCCGCGCCGCGCCGCGCCGAGCACCGCCGUCCCGCUCCGCUGCGGCUGGGUGUCCCUGACCCACCAUGACGUUCAAGCAAGCCUCCAUGAUGGCUCCAGAGGCCGUGGCCACCACAAUGCCAAUGGCAACGAUGGAGAACUCCACUGAGGCUGCGGGCCCGGGUGAGAGCAAAGAGGACAUGUUCGCCAAACUGAGGGAGAAGUUCAUGAAUGAGCUGAACAAGAUUCCCUUGCCACCCUGGGCCCUCAUCGCCAUUGCUGUGGUAGCUGGGCUGCUUAUUCUCACCUGUUGCUUCUGCAUCUGCAAGAAAUGCUGCUGCAAGAAGAAGAAGAACAAGAAGGAGAAGGGCAAAGGCAUGAAGAAUGCAAUGAACAUGAAGGAUAUGAAAUCGGGGAACCAGGACCAACAGGAUGAUGACGAUGCGGAAAUGGGCCUGACGGAGGGGGAAGGUGAGGAGGAGGAGAAGGAGCCGGAGAACCUGGGCAAGCUGCAGUUCUCGCUGGACUAUGAUUUCCAGGCAAACCAGCUGACAGUGGGGAUCCUCCAAGCUGCCGAACUGCCAGCUCUGGACAUGGGUGGCACCUCGGACCCAUACGUCAAGGUGUUCCUGCUCCCUGACAAGAAGAAGAAAUAUGAGACCAAAGUGCAAAAGAAGACGCUCAACCCUGCCUUCAAUGAGACCUUCACCUUCAAGGUCCCCUACCAGGAGCUGGGUGGGAAGACGCUGGUGAUGGCCAUCUACGACUUUGAUCGCUUCUCCAAGCAUGACAUCAUUGGUGAAGUGAAAGUGCCCAUGAACACAGUGGACCUAGGCCAGCCCAUUGAGGAGUGGCGGGACCUGCAGAGUGGCGAAAAGGAGGAGCCAGAGAAGCUAGGAGAUAUUUGCAUCUCCCUCCGAUAUGUGCCCACUGCUGGAAAACUCACUGUCUGCAUCCUGGAGGCCAAGAACCUGAAGAAGAUGGACGUUGGGGGUCUCUCAGAUCCCUAUGUGAAGAUCCACCUGCUGCAGAAUGGCAAGAGGUUGAAGAAGAAGAAAACUACAGUCAAGAAGAAGACUUUGAACCCCUACUUCAAUGAGUCCUUCAGCUUUGAGAUCCCCUUCGAGCAGAUACAGAAAGUGCAAGUGGUCAUCACAGUCCUCGAUUAUGACAAGCUGGGGAAGAAUGAAGCCAUCGGCAAGAUAUUCACAGGCUGCAAUUCCACGGGCACGGAGCUGCGACACUGGUCCGACAUGCUGGCCAACCCCCGGAGGCCCAUUGCCCAGUGGCACUCGCUGAAACCAGAGGAGGAAGUAGAUGCAGCUCUUGGGAAAAACAAAUAGGAAGAUCUGCUGGCCGGCACAGCAUGGGCCUGUGGACAUUUUAAGUGACCCCAAGCUAUUGAUACCUCAGUUACGCAACCUUUGGAUUUGGUUUUUGUUUUAAGCUGAAAUACCCUUUAAAGGCUGUGGAAGGGUUUUCAGACAGUCCCAGUAGCUUCCAGGGGAAGAGGUUAAAGACUGGAUGGUUCUUUUUGUUCUCGAGCAUCGCUCCUUUUUGCUGCAUGUCCCAUUGCCUCCAUACACCAUCCCUUCCAGGGUGCAAAGCAACAGUCAGUCCUGGGGCCUUCCCAGGUUGCAGCAUCACCAGCCCACAGCAACGUUUCCUCCAUCCUUCCUCUUGGGUUCAUGUGGGGAACUGUCCAACGUUGCAUGGAGAUGAUACCAGAGCCUGAUAAUGUGAGAUGACCAGACCCACUGUGCUUGCUUUGGGCAUGCAUACCUGCGUGGACAUCAAAACUGUGGAGAGACCUGGAUGCCUCCCCUCUCUUGCUCUGCCUCCCUUCACCCUUCCCAGUUAGGAAGGUGAGAGAUGUGGUGUUAGAAUGAGAACUGCUGAGUCCCACAGCCAUCUCCAGGUUUAGUUUUUUCUGGUGAGAGGUAUGCAGAGACUGUGGGAGCCUGCUGUAAACUGGUGUUGUGGCAAGGUACCAAGGCUUCUCAGCCCCAUCUGGCUGGGGACAUGGUGUUGCAGCAGGCCCUGCAUGGGAUGCUACUCUGAGCAUUGGUGGCCUUGACACCUUGCUUUGAGGAGAGACAUUAUGGGCUGUGCAUGCAAGGCUGUACCAGGUGGGCCCAUGGUGCCUGCCAAAGGGAGCUGUGCGCUCCUUCUGGCUGGCCAGGUGCCCUGCAGACUUUGCUACCAUCUCUGCUGACUGCUAUUAUAUCACCAAAGGCCAAAUGAAGACAUCUCUGGGGUCAUUUGCAUGUAUUUCCCACCAUGCUUUGCACUGCCAUAAGUCUUCUG